AGCUGCAGCUCUCAUCAGAUGUAAACUGUCGUCCAAAGAUGAAGGACUUCCUGACAAAUUUUCCCUUUCGGGAACUCAGCAUCUUUGUCACCAUCGUUGGCAGUUUUACUUACAAUCUUUUGCUUGAGAGAGAUAUGGCGUGCACCUGCAAACAAGGAACUCCUGACUGUGGCAUAUACAUGGCUCUGCCAGCUUGUAUUAUCUUCAUCUUAAUACUUUGGACAGACAAGAAGUUUAAGACAGCCUGUAAGUUUACGUUCGCGUGUAGAUGUAAAGGUUCAAAAAAAGAUGGUGAGUCACCAUCACCUGCUGCUGUUGCAUCACAGGAACAGGAGCAACGGCAGGAGCAGAGUAAAUGCUGCAGGACAGAGUUAUGUGGAGUUCUUCUCAUUCGUAUUCUCAAAGCAGGCUGUGUUGGUCUGCUGUGGGCCGUUUCUGUGCUCAUGGAUGGAGACUGGUAUGUUUGCUGUAAUCUAGAAAAGUCUAAUAAUUGGACAAACUUAGCAUGCAAAGACAAACAAAACAUCACAGCUGAGGAAAAUAUAACCAUCAUUGAAAUGAAAAAUGAAUCAAGGAACAUUGGCUUUGGUCUGCUCUUUGGCAUCAUUGGUCUGGCAGCCCUGAUGUCACUGUUCGACUGGAAGAGAUGCUUUGAAUGCUGCUGUAGAAGAAGAAUUGUAUUUGACACGGUGAUCUUGGAGGAGGGAGAAUAUUUACUGAAAGAGAUUCUCACAGAAGCAGCAAAAGAAGAGCUAACCAAAACAAUCUUUAACCAAAUAAGUGAAACUCAAAAGGACUGGAUAGAAUGUCUCGAUGCAGCUGCAAACAUGGUUGAAAAGUCAAGUGAACCAAAACUUUCUAAAAAACAAGAACAACUAAAAGAUGAGAUACAGAUGCGGCCGCAGGAGGUGCUACCACCACCGAAUCCAAAGCUUUUUGUACGUCGAGGGCGGGUGUCCUGUACUUUUUAGAUGUGUCCUUGUUCCUACAAAGCUGAUUCAAAUGGAUAAAUGACCUCCUUAACAUGUCUUGAAGUUCUCCAGAGGCCUGGUAAUGAACCUGUCAUUUGAUUCAGAUGUGUUGACCCAGGGUAAGAUCUAAAACCUGCAGGAGUUCCCCACCCCCUGCACACUACAUUGCCAAAUGUAUUCACUCAAUCAUUGAAGAUAUGCGUAGCUUAUUUGAGAGUUUAAAAAUGUGUUAGGUAGGAUGUAGAAUUAUUGUAGAGACACUGACACUGCCCUGGAUGCAAUAAAGGCCUGAGUGUGUCAUGAAUUUAAGAGUAGAUUUCGAGGAGGCGAGAUUUCGAGAAGUUACUGUUGAGUGGAAAUUCCCCAGGGGAGACCUGGGUGGGGGUCUCAGUGUUUGUAAUAUGUUAACUCUGUUUUCUCUGUUGUGUAGAGGCAUUUGGUGUAGCUUGGGUGAGGAGAUUACUUUUAUGACCGACAGGAAGUCACGUACGCAGAGACACACACACACACA